CGGGAAGUCCUCGCUGUUUGGUCACAGAGCUCUUUCCGACGUUCGCCGUGGGGUCAAGCCGUAAUGACACCUGUUUUUCGGUCGCAUCAGAGGAUUAUGAGCUACCGGAGCCAAGAAUUGGCGUUGGGCUUGUUGGAGUUCGCGUGGCCCUCUGGUUUUAUUAUCGGUCCUUCUACUCUUCCUUUCCAAAACUGGUGGUGAUGCUAUAUUUCCGGCGUGCUACGCGCCUUCGUAAAUCCUAGCUUUGUGAGAUCAGACAUGCAGAGAGGCGGAGCAAGCGAAAAAAAAUUUCGCGGUAGCUGUUCCAGCUUUUCAUGGAACACUACUAUGGUUCGAAGCCAACAUUACCGUCAUUUGUUUCCCUCAACACUUGCGGUUGCCCUUAAGACUUUCCUGAUCUGGCUGUUGUUGGCUUCAACAAUCACUCGUUGCUUAUUGGUGCAUUACUAUCUACUAACGGUGGGAGGAUUCUUGCAGGGAAAGAUUCCUUCUUCUGGAGCGUCGCCACCGCUUCCGCUUUCCCUUCUAUAUAUAAUUGGGACGUUGGUCCUGCAUGUCCGUUGCUCGUGGGAUUGAUCAUUGCUAAUGCUCUAGUACUACAUAGCUGUAUACAGGAUUUGCAGAUGAUUAAGGACACUUCGAAGCAUGCUACUGGGAUCGAUUGGAAUACAUAUACGUUUUUCCCUAUAUUAUCUAGACAUAUUCGUGAUCCGGGCUUGCAGCAGAAAGCAGCGUCUUUCCAUCUGACGCGACGCAGGACAGCGUGGGCAGCAAAAUGGCCUCAAUAAAGAAGUAGCAAAAGGUCACCCAACGUACUUCAG